UCUAUGAGAAACUGCGUGUGGAAGCGCAGUUUCAUUUCUUCUUCUGACUAUUGACUUCUAGAAUGAUUCGUUUCGCCCAGAAGCCGAGCGACACAACUUUUCUCAUUUACUAAGGAAAUUGGAUUGGUUAACAGCACAGCACCAUUUCAACACGAGCAAAGGAAUUCAAAUAACAUUUCCCAAAAACAUGUGAACGUCCUGAAGGGCGCAGCUGGUGGCGUACAGGUCUGAAAGAAUGGCCUGCUCUGGUUCUGGUUGGACGAGGGCCCAGCUCUAAGAUGUCUGGCCCCUGGUACCUGUCUCAGUGAUGAAGAGCACCUCCACCAUCUUCCUCCUCACUCUGUCCAUCUUGUGCAGAGCUGAGAGUGUGAGUGGGAAGACGGUGAAGGACACAGUGCAGGAAUGGAACAGGUAUCGGAACGAGUGCAUCUUGAAGAUAAGCUCACAACCCACACCUUCGGUAGGUUUGUUUUGCAAAAGCAUGUUUGAUAUGUACGCUUGUUGGACAGAGGGAGUUCCCAACACAACGGUGAAAGUGCCGUGUCCCUGGUAUCUGCCAUGGUAUGAUCAAGUGCGUAAUGGGUUUGUGUCACGGGAAUGUGGUCCAGAUGGCCAGUGGCUCACUGUCAACCACAGCCGCACAUGGAGAGACCACUCACAAUGCAAUGCAGAUGGCAGCCAGCAGAUAGCACAGGAGAAUCAGAUGAUGAUCUUGGCCUAUUUCAGAGUGAUGUACACAGUUGGUUACUCUCUUUCCCUGGCCAGCCUGUCUUUAGCCUUCGUCAUACUUCUCAUAUUCAGGAAGCUGCGUUGCACACGUAAUUACAUCCACACCAACCUGUUUGCCUCAUUUAUCCUGCGAGCUGUGUCCAUUCUCACGAGAGACGCACUUCUCAUGAAAGACGCUCCAGAGUUCAGGGACAACAAAGAUGUUUCAAUCGUUCUGAGUGACGAGGUGAUGUCAGGCUGCCGUGUGGCUCAGGUCCUGAUGCAGUAUUGUGUUGGGGCCAACUACUAUUGGCUACUGGUAGAAGGUCUAUAUCUUCACAACCUGGUGGUGCUGAUGGUCUUCUCAGAGAACAGUUACUUCUGUGUGUACCUCUUCAUCGGCUGGGGAACGCCUGUGCUCUUUGUGGUGCCUUGGAUAAUUGUUCGUUACUUGUAUGAGAACACUAGGUGCUGGGAGAUCAACGAAAAUAUGGCAUAUUGGUGGAUCAUCCGAACGCCAAUCCUUUUGGCAAUUUUAGUGAACUUUUUCAUAUUUAUAAGGAUUAUUCAGAUCAUCAUCUCCAAAUUAAAAGCACAUCAGAUGAGAUAUACAGAUUAUAAAUUUAGGUUAGCCAAGUCGACGCUGACCCUCAUUCCCCUGUUAGGGAUUCAUGAGGUGGUGUUUGCUGUGAUGACAGGUGAACAGACUGAGGGCGUACUUCGCAAUGUCAACCUGUUCUUUGAACUCUUCUUCAAUUCCUUUCAGGGUUUUCUGGUGGCCAUACUAUACUGCUUUUUCAAUAAAGAGGUACAGUCAGAAAUCAAAAAGAAAUGGCAGCGAUGGAAAUUGGGAAUAACCAUUUUGGAAGACCAGCGUAAUACAGGUAGCAACACACAGCAAGGAGGUGCCAGUCCUCUGUGCCACCAUGACCCAGCCUGCUCUCCAGAGUGCCUUCUGGACAGUGGCUGCCAACUGUGCUCAGACCCAACACCAACAGACGCCCACCUGACCAUUCAACACUACCAUCCUGGAGCAAAGAAAGACAAGGCGUACUGCUACAUCUCUGCCCGAAAACAGGUUCUAAACAGGUUGGAUGUGCCAGCGUUACCCCAAUGUGCUGCAGAGGGCGCAACCAUGGUUUCCGAGACCUACUGCUGAAUAAAGUGGACUGUGCUGGCCAUUGAUUAGACAGAUUUCAUUGUUUUUGAACUAUAAAAAGGAUAUUCCUACAUCAAAUUUCUCACAUUAGACCUGACAGACCUGUUUUUGUUUUUCUCAUUUGAUAUUUACCACUAUACCUCAAUUUGGACACAAGAUGAAUUCUGUUAUGCGCCAACACCGUGGAUCAACUCAAAAACUCAUUGCCCCAAAGUCAUAUUUUGGAUUGAAUGGGGAUUAUCUGUUGAGAGUAAAAUGGUUAGGCACACAAAUAUCACCUAGCCUGUGAAAUCACCAAAAUAACCAUCAGUCACCCCAAAAAGUAUUUAGACCCUUAAGCCACACGUCCACUCAAACGAAACAAAAACGUAAAGAAAGAAAUUCAUUAACUUUUAUUUAGCAAGGAUGCCUUUAUUGAUCAAAUAAUUUAACAUUGUUACAAAAUAUUUUUAUUUCAAUUAAAUAGCCUACUCUUAUCAUAGAAUCCUUAAAAACACGUAUCAGUUUCAACAAAAAUAUUAAGUGGCACAACUGUUGUACACAGAAUAAGAACCAAUAAUAAAGUUAUUAAAACUUAUAAAAUGUCCAUAAACAGCAAAUUAGCACUAGCAUUAUGUCAAAAAGCACAUCCUUACCCUGAUAUGAUAAGUGCAUGGAGGCAUUAAAUAUCUAACAUGGAGGUUUUAUAUGGCUCUAGUCUUGUGUAACCCGCUCAACCAGAAUGGUGCGGUCUAGGCACUCUCUUAAACUGCAGGAAAUCUAAUUCUUUUUUUUGUUUGUUUCUGCAUUCCACUCGAUGGCUUAAUCCCUUUUCAUUCAGUGCCAUGACAGAAACCAACUGUGAACUGUAUAUCUAAAAGGAUUAGAGGGUAAUUUAGUUAGGUAACAGUAACAACACUGUCAAACAUGGAAAUAGAUUGUUUCUAAAACGGCAUGAAGGUUUAAAGGGUUAG